CAGCCGUUAAACCAAGGAACGAACGAUACACGGAACUGUUCUUCCCAGAAGGACAAAAGAAAAACUUGUCGGAGAUUACUGAAGAGCGCGGGAAGUAGGCCGGACGCAACUACGCAGGGACGGGGCGACGCCUCUUCGAAGAGAGGCUUGUAGCUUUGCUUCGAAGCAGAGGACAAAAGGUUUCAAGGGCCAAGCAUCCAGCCAGGCACGGCAAUUCCAAAGUCUUAAUUGCUUCAGUUCCAAUUCCAAUUGCUUUAAUCCCUCGUACAGCAGUUUAGCUUCCAAAGUUCCAGGAACUCCCAGGAGUUUCUCAGUUUCAGCCCUCCACGUAUGUGAGGCAGCACAACGGUUUUGCACUUCAGUUCAUUUACAUGCAGUGGUCUCAGGACUUGAUCGUAUUUUAUUGGUCUUGGUGUUGGUGAACAGUGGUCAUGAUGUGGUGUGACAACUGUGGGGAAAAUGUCUGCACUGAUAAUUCUGAUGGCAGAAAAUGCUGUACGUUGUGUGGGAGAGUCCUGAGCGAAGACCAUUUUGCAGACGAACCUACUUUUGUUAAAAAUGCUGCCGGCCAGAGUCAAUUGGCAGGGAGUUUUGUAAGGUCCGUGCAAAGUCAAUUCUCAGCUUCACGGGAUAGAACACUGAAGGAAGCUUAUGAAGGCAUGGAUAAUAUGUUGUAUGCACUUGGAAUUGAUGGCGGUGAUUCUAUAGUUGAUCCUGCUUUAAGAAUUUAUACGAUAGCACUUGAUCGAAAUUUCACCCGGGGACGCAGAAAGGAACAAGUUCAGGCAGCUUGCCUUUACAUUUCUUGCAGGAAAAAGAAAAAGCCAUUUCUUCUCAUUGAUUUUUCUGAGUACUUACGGAUAAAUGUUUAUGUAUUAGGGGCUGUCUUUUUACAACUCUGCAAACUUCUAAGCCUUGAAGAGCACCCAAUUGUUCAAACACCUGUAGAUCCUAGCCUUUUUAUUCACCGGUUCACUGACCGUUUAUUUGGUGAGAUGAAUCCCGACGUUUCCCGAACUGCACUUCGUAUUGUUGCUAGCAUGAAGCGAGAUUGGAUGCAGACAGGGAGAAAACCGAGUGGGUUAUGCGGAGCUGCACUUUACAUUGCUGCUCUUUCAUAUGGACUGAAGUGCUCUAAGUUGGACAUUAUCAGAGUUGUGCAUAUUUGUGAAGCAACACUGACAAAGCGUUUAAUUGAAUUUGAAAAUACCGAUUCCGGGAGUUUAACGAUUGAAGAGUUCAAUGUGAGGGCUGUGGAGCUUGAGAAAGAGCAGAGGCUGGUGGCCGCACAAUAUUCCGUGUUAAAAGAAUCUGGAAAGAGUGAAUUGUUGUGCGAACACAAAGGGAGUGGCAUACCUCACUUUUCCCAUGGGCUUUGUGAAAGCUGUUUUACUGAUUUUCUAGCACUUUCAGGUGGGUUUGAUGGGGGAUCAGAACCUCCAGCGUUCCAACGGGCCAAAAAAGAAAGGCUAAUGGCAAAGCGAGCUGAUGGUGAUAACUGUGAGGAUUCCAAUUCUCUCAUGUCUUCCAAAGCUGAGAAUAAUGGCAAAGAUCUGACGUCUACAGAAGGUCCUAUUCAAAAUGCAGAUGGGAUUGAAACUUUGCAGGGAAAAGAACCUGAAUUGAUAGAUGUUGCUUCCACAUCAGAAGCUAUGCAGGAUGGACCUCCAGAUAAGUUACAUGGAGUCGAUGGUAUCAGUUCUGAAGGUUCUGAUGAAUCUGAUAGAUUAUCCGACAUUGAUGAUGUGGAGGUUGACACAUAUCUAAACAAUGCGGAGGAGAAGCGGCUGAAAAAGAUCAUAUGGGAGGAAAUGAACAGAGAGUAUCUUGAGGAACAAGCAGCUAAAGAAGCAGCAGCAUUGGCUGCAAAAAAGGCUUUUGAGUCCAGUUUUACCAACCCAGAGGAAAUGGAAGCUGCACAGAAGCUUUCAGCAGCAGCAGCCGCUGCCGUGGCAAAGAGCAAAAAGGAAAAGCAACAACAAAGAGCUGCAGAACUGAAGAAUUCUGGUCCUGCCAAAACUGCAGCAGAGGCCACACAAAAGAUGUUGAGUAAAAGAAAGAGGAGUCUACUGGUGAACUUCGAUGUAUUGGAAUCACUUUUCGAUGAGACUCCACUCCCUGAUAACAAUAAUUUCAAGGAAAGCCUAAAUGAUGACAUAAGCUCCAACAAUGAUGGCUACCUGGAUGGUAUAACAGAGGAGACCGGAGAAGAGUGGAUGGAUGAAAGAGAAUAUGUCAAUGAGGAAAAUUAUGCAGAACCUGAAACCUAUGAUUAUGAAGAACAAUAUGAUUUUGAAGAUUACUAAAUCCUAUAGAGUAAUUCUUUACUAUAGCAUUUUUUGCCCUCCACAUCAAGGGUUAUGAGAUUGGUUAGGUUCGCAACAAUUAGAUAUUGGUGCAUAGGUGUUGCUCAGUUUUCAUAAUAGCUUUUAGUAAUUUGUAUUCACGUCAAUUUCUCAUAUUGACAAUUUAUUUAUUUAACUAAACUAGUAACUGAGUAAUCUUCCCUUUCCCCCUCAUUUCCUUUAAAUUUUAGGAAAAUAAAGCAGUUUAUCUUCAAAGUA